AUGGCUCGUUCUGCGAAAGGAGGUGUGGACGGCAAUGCGAAGGUCCAACGCGCCCAGUCGUCCCAGGUGAUCGUCAAGAAGCCAGACGACUACACCUCCGAGGGCGUCUCGGACAAUGACAUCUUUCUCCUGCCGGGCACCGACUACCAGGUCAUGAUCUUCGUUACCGUGCUGGCUGCCAUUGUCAGGUUGUUCAGAAUAUACCAGCCCAGCAGUGUGGUGUUUGACGAAGUCCACUUUGGUGGAUUCGCAUCGAAAUAUAUCAAGGGCAGGUUCUUUAUGGAUGUACACCCGCCGCUUGCAAAACUCCUUCUCACUCUCGCUGGAUGGUUGGCUGGCUUUGAUGGAGAAUUCGACUUCAAGGACAUUGGAAAGGACUACGUCGAGCCGGGUGUACCAUACGUCGCAAUGCGGUUAUUGCCUGCUGUGUGCGGUAUUCUCUUGGUCCCGACUAUCUUCUUGACUUUGAAAGCUGCUGGAUGCAGAACUUGGACUGCGUUCAUGGGUGCCUUGUUGAUUGUCUUUGAGAAUGGCCUUCUUACCCAAGCACGAUUGAUCCUUCUUGACUCCCCCCUUAUGAUCUUCACAGCCUUCACCGGAUUGGCAUUCACAUCUUUCACCAACCAACAUGAGCAAGGUCCUACGAAGGCUUUCCAGCCAAGUUGGUGGUUCUGGCUUGCCAUGACUGGCCUUGGAUUAGGUGCAACAGCCAGUGUCAAAUGGGUUGGAUUUCUUACAAUCGCAUGGGUUGGUGCCUUGACCGUAUUGCAACUCUGGGUUUUGCUUGGAGACGUGAAGACAGUUACCCCUCGUCUUUUCGCCAAGCAUGUGGUAUCAAGAAUCUUCUGCCUCAUUGUCAUCCCAACCACCUUCUACAUGGGAAUGUUUGGAAUCCACUUUCUCUGCUUGGUCAACCCAGGUGAUGGAGACGGAUUCAUGAGCUCCGAGUUCCAGGCUACUCUCAACUCUAAGGCCAUGCAAGACGUUCCCGUCGAUGUUGCGUUUGGUAGCCGAGUGACCAUCAGGCACCACGAAACCCAGGGAGGCUACCUGCACUCGCACAACCUUAUGUACCCCGGCGGAAGUAAGCAACAACAAAUCACACUUUACCCCCACAAGGAUGAAAACAACAUCUGGAUUGUUGAGAACAUCACCCAACCCCUUGACAUUCAUGGACAACCUAUCAACGGAACUCUUGCCUGGGACGCCCUUAGCCCACCAACCUUUAUCAAGGAUGGUGACACCAUCAAGCUCUUCCACCAACCCACCAGUCGCCGUCUACAUUCCCACGAUGUCAGACCUCCUGUCACCGAGGCUGAUUGGCAAAAUGAGGUUUCCGCUUACGGUUACGAGGGAUUUGAGGGUGAUGCCAACGAUUACUUCAGAGUUGAGAUCAUCAAGAAGAUGUCCGAUGGCGAUGUGGCCAAGGCUAGACUCCGAACUAUUCAGACCAAGUUUAGGCUCGUUCACAUCAUGACUGGCUGCGUUCUAUUCUCUCACAAGGUCAAGCUUCCCGAGUGGGCAUCUGAGCAACAAGAAGUUACCUGCGCCAAAGGUGGAACUCUCCCCAACAGCGUUUGGUAUGUCGAGCAAAACGAGCACCCUCUUCUCGGAGCAGACGCAGAAAAGGUCAACUACAGAAACCCCGGUUUCUUCGGAAAAUUCUGGGAAUUGCAAAGAGUCAUGUACCAAACUAACGCCGGACUGGUCGAGUCUCAUACUUGGGAUUCUCGCCCUGAUUCUUGGCCCACUCUAAAGCGUGGUAUCAAUUUUUGGGGCAAGGACCACCGUCAAAUCUACCUCAUCGGCAACCCAGUUGUCUGGUGGACCUCUACCCUUGCAGUCGUCAUGUAUGUCAUCUUCAAAGCCUUCGCGGUUCUCCGAUGGCAACGAGGCUUCAAAGACUACGACAACGCUUUCUACAAGCGAUUCGAUUACGAAAUUGGUACUAUGGUCCUUGGCUGGGCUUUCCACUAUUUUCCAUUCUACCUUCUCCAACGUCAAUUGUUCUUGCACCACUACUUCCCAGCUCUUUACUUUGCGGUCAUUGCCCUCUGCCAGAUGUACGAUCAUAUUACUGCUCGCAUUCCAGGCAUUGGCCUCCGUGAGAACCCAUUGGUCGGGCGUCUCGGCAUAGUCGUCUUCUUGACUUUGACCAUCGUCACCUUUGGCCUCUACUCCCCUCUGGCCUACGGCAACCCAUGGACUCAAGAUGCUUGCAACAAGGUCAAGCUUUUUGAUUCUUGGGACUGGGACUGCAGCUCCUUCCACACCGAUUAUUCUCAGUACUCAUCUCAAUCCAUCAACGCGAACGCCGAUAUCUUAAAAACAGACUUCCCUCUGCUUCCAACUAGCGCUGCCGUCCCGCCUCCACCAGUGGCGAAUGAGCAGAAGCCAAUCGUUGAGCAAGAACAAGCAGGCAUUCCUGAUUCUCCCGAGAAGCCUCCUUUGUCUGCCGCCCCGUUAGUCCCAGGCCAAAGUAUCAUCUCUCGCGAGGAGAAGGUCGAGUACAGAGAUCAAGAGGGCAACCUCUUGGAUCCCGAGCAAGUCAAGGAGCUCGAAGGAAAGGUCAGCUUCAAGACUCGUUAUGAGACUCGUACUCGUUUGAUCGACGCGCAAGGGAACGAGAUCCCUCAACCCGAGGACGCAGCUCAACAUCCACUAGUUCAGGACGCAUCUCCCGUUGCACCUCCGCAUCCAGAUGUUGAUGGCAUUGAUCCCUCCACAGUUGGCAAGCCAGAGCCAGCGGUUCAAGAGAGCCCAGUCCCUCAGCCUGAGGUGAAAACUGACGAAAUCAAGGAGGAGAAUAUUGCGAAGUCUGAUCCCGGUGCUGCUAAGCCAGCGAAUGAAGGCAGCGAGGCCACCGCGUAG